UUAAUAUCUGAGACCUGGCACCAGUCUGCUCUGCAAGCAGGGAAAGGUGGGGAGAGAUUUUCACCUUCACACACUCUUGACUGUCACACACUCACACACACGCUCUGUGACAGAAACGGAACACAUCAAAACGUAACAGGACUAUGGACCUGAGCCUGCGAGAUGCUCUGGGUGGGGGUGGAGGUGGGGUCCCAGGUGGGGCACCUGCUGAGGCCCUAGUGAAGAGGGACUUUGUGGCUUCACUGGAGAAAGAGAGCUAUGAUGACAAGGUGGGGGAGACGGUCUCCAAGAGCGACUACCGACCCUUACUGGAUGGAAAGGACACCAAGAGUGGUCCAGGGAUGAUGUCAUCAAUGAUGUCAUCGGGAGGACGCCAAGACCCGCAAGGACAGCCUGCCUUCAGCUCAGACUACCUGUCUGGUCCUAUGAUGGGUGGGCGGACGGAUCAAUGGAGCAUGAACAAGACAAAGGACAACAGCAUGCCUGACUCUUUUCUAGGUUUCUCUCAGUCUGGGAUGGGGGGGACCAUGGGGUCCAGCCAGCCACCUUUCCAGACCGGUAUGGGCUCAGGUCUCGGCCAGACCGGGAUGGGUUCUGCUAUGGACAGCCAGAAGAAUUCGGGCCUGUUUGGUGUGGAAAACAAAAGCACCAGUGGAAGCAGUCCCUUUAAAACCAGUGAUCCGUUUUCCGUCGGUGGCCAGGGAAUUCACUCUAUGGAUCACUCUGCAGCAGCUCCCGUACUCUCUCCAAGCGGCUCAAUGGACGACAGCAGUCCCACUUCCUCCGCCUCCGAACCCCUCAGCCCUGAGAGAGUGGGGCCAGGGGGCGAGGCUGACAAGCAGAGGCGCCGGAAGAAGAAGAGGAAGGGCAGUGACCAGGUCUACGACUUCUUGGAUAGCCAAGAGAAUAACAUUGGCCAAUCUCACAAGCCUGGGAUGCAGGAUAAGGGAGGAAUGGAGGCAGAGGAGGAUGACGAUGAUGAGGAAAACUGGGAGUGGGAGAUAAGAGAGAGUGGAGGAGGGGGUAGAGUGAAAGGCAAGAAAACUAAGAGUCGGGCAAAACUUCCCGAACAGUGGGGAGCGCCCCAGCAGCCCAUCUCUCCGACACCGGCUACAGUCGCUCCUACCUGGGCUACUGUUGACUCUGGUCAUUCUGACUCCAACCCCAGCCCUGUUUUGCCCUCUUCCCCUUCACCAUUACCCACAAGUUUCACUAAUCGUUCCAAUGCUAGCCUUGGACCAGAUUCAUCUCCUCGCUCUUAUGAGCCAAUGUGUGGAGACGAUUUCCCUUUGUCUCCUAAAGAUGGCAAAAAGGCAAAUGAAGAGAAAGUAUCGAGCAGCAAACCUGAGCCUACCAUUAGUGCAGCGACUAGCGUUCCUGGCAAGAAUAGUUCAGCUGUGGAUGUUAGUGAUAGUCUAGCAUUGAUGACAGGGGACAAUCUAAGCCCAGUCUCCCAGACCUUCUCUUUCCUGGAUUCAGUUCUCCAGACCCCUCCAGGCUCCACUCCUGACUCACAGACCACCACCCCUAUCACUAACACUCCCUCCCUUGCUACAGCCCCCAUGGCAAAGUCAGAAAUGUGCAUCCCUGCUUCACAAGCCACUUCUGUUCUUAACCCUUCAAAGGUUACUACAGACCUUCCUCCUGCUUCUGUUCUGUCAACCAUCCCCUCACCGUUUGCUGCCACUGACACACACCCUCCGACAACCGCAGUGAAAUCGGCCCUCAACGUCGAUGCCAAGCCUUUCGUCCCCUCAGCCACGCUCAUGUCUUCUAGCAUGACUUCAGCAUAUCCAGCUUUUAGCACAACAGCAGCAGCAGCUUUCACAGGAAGCCCACCUACUGCACCCACUACCACGCCAGCCAUGACCCUUAGUUCCUCACCUUCUCCCUUUAAGAAUGAAGCCACUCCCGCACCAUCAUCAGACACUUCCCCCAAAAGUGUAGCCACGCCCUUUAGCCCAGCAGCAGCCACUCCCCCUCCUCCCAUCACCCCUGCAGCCCCUCCUUCUCUCCCUGCACACUCAGAGCACCAGGAGUCCUCGUCGCCACAGCUCCCCCCAAUGGAAGUGAAACCUGACAACAAGGACAAACAGGAGAAGACAGACAUGAUGUCAAGCAAGGCAGUCAAGUUGGACACCUUUGACAAGAAAGAGAAAGAAGAGCAGCAGAAGAAGGACACGGUCCCAGAAAAGAACCAAAAGUCUGAGAAGAUCCUCAAGGAAGAUGAUAAGAUCGAGAAGAUGAACGCUGAGAAAAACAAGGAAAAGGCGGAGAAGGGGGACAAGCCGGAGAAGACCAACAAGGAUGAAAAGAAGGAAGAUGAGAAAAAGCCGGCUGAGAAGAAAGAUGAUAAGGGAGCUAAAGGGACAGCCAAGUCUCCAACAGGCCCCGGCAGCAAGACCCUGCCAAGCCCUGACAGCAAGAACAAGUCUGACGUGGGUUCAACUAAACCAAACUCAGCCAAAUCCCGCCCAUCCACCCUCACCACCAAUGGUGAGGCCGCCGGGGCCAAACGCCCCUCCCCAACCUCAGCCAAUAAAAAAAGCCCUGUACCCAAGGCAACCACACCCACUGCUGCGAAGCGGCCACCAACUGGCUCCGCCAAGGCUGCUAAGACUCCAGAAAAUGAAAAACGGACACCUGUGCCAAAGGCCACGCCCACACCCCGUGCGGCUGCCACGAACAAGACUGACAAGACUGACAAGACUGAGAACAAGACCGGAGAGGCCAAGAAACCCAAGACUACAGCCCGUCCUCGCCCGGCCUCCACCACUACUCCCGCUGCAUCCACCAAUGGUGAAGCCAGUCACCGCCGUCGCGUCCUCACCAAACCCCCGGUGCCCAAGCAGACCCCAAUGGAGAAGAAGCCACCGGUGCCCCGUGCUCCUCGAACCCCCCGCCCCAUCAACGCUCCGACACCUGACCUGAAGAACAUCCGCUCCAAGAUCGGAUCCAUCGACAACAUCAAGUACCAGCCCGGAGGAGGAAAGGGCUCUUCUACCCCGAACAACAAGGCAUCAGACCCCUCCAACACUGCCCCCAAGGCCAAAGUUCAGAUAGUGCACAAAAAGCUGGACUUCAGCCAUAUCACGUCUCGCUGUGGCUCCAAGGACAAUAUGAAACAUGUCCCUGGAGGUGGCAAAGUGCAGAUCCUGAAUAGGAAGGUUGAUUUGAGCAAGGUGACUUCCAAAUGUGGCUCAAAGGACAACAUCAAAUAUAAGCCAGGUGGAGGGGAUGUGAAGAUUGAGUCCCAUAAGCAAAACAUUAAAGCUAAGUCUAAGAUCGGAUCCAUGGACAACAUGGGGCCAGGCAAUGAUCAGACCAACGGGCACAAGGAGAAGACAACCCCCCCUCCAAAUAGCGCUCCGACAACAGGACCAGCAGUUGUUGCUAAGGAGAAUGGGGUGAAGGAGCCCACACCGACUCCUUUUGGUGGAGACGGCCUGAGGGAGCAUAGCAUAGACAAACGCAUCACUGAGACAAAUUGAGUCCCAGUGACCUUUAGAUUUUGGUGGGACACGCAUGGCGCUCGCCAACCUGCCAAUCAACCGACCGACCAACCUACCACGGCGCAGUCACUUCCCUUUGGCCCCGCCCUUCAUCUCGACCACCGCUGCACCAAACUGACGGAUCGCCUCUCAGUGUUUCUCCGGGGUCCGCCUGCCAGCUUGUUGCUACCAACCCUGACCUUUAACCUCUGACCCUGCCUACCACAGAGAAGAGCACUUGCUUUUUGUUUGUGUUUCUGUGUGUUGGGUUCCACCGGCUUCUUGCCUGAUAAGAUCCGCUUGUAGGCACUGAUUUAGAGGACCUCAACCGCCUACCCUAGAUUGAAUUACACCAAUGCAAAUGACCCACUAUUGUAGUCAAUGCUGUUUGAGAGAAUACUGAGCAUAGGCAGUUUAAGAAUAUUUCCACCUAACAGUUUUAUACAGUUUAAACACAAGUACUUAUAGCGAAAACACCCUUCCUCAGAACUUAGUUUCUAAGUCCCUCCUAUAAGCCUUCACAAAACAAAUCCUCAUUUAUCUUUCAAACGUGUAAGCAGAUCUAGGCUAACGCUACUAUUUGCCCCACUUUCAUUCCAAGUCCAUGUCCUCUUAGCUCCAAAGCGCACUCACCAGCUGAUGGCCUGCUACCAGUCAGCAGCAGGGCAGACACUGGCAAGUCUGCUUCAAGUCCAAUGAACAGAAAUGAUUUCCAAAUCUACAGUAUUUACAAGACUGCACACUGUCCCAUUAUAGCUGACUCAUUGAACAUUAUCUCCAAUUACUUCUAUUGGUAUCAUUGCACAUGUUUAUAUUUCCCUAAUUUAUUACAAUUCUAUACCUCUGGACAAUAAAUAUAAUGAUGCUAACCAUUAGCUGUGGCUCAGAGGACAGGGGCUUAUGUAGAUUACAGGUGAUACAAUUUCAGACAAAGUUCAAAAUCUGUUCAGAAACGAAGUGCAGAGGCAUUCAGGGUGAUCAAAUCCUUUGUCAUAAUUCAAUAAAUGAUGCAUUAAUUGACAGUACACUACAGAAAUGAAGAGGCUAUAACAAAGCAGACGAGAAUUACUUCAGACUUCAGUUGUUAACUGAUGUGAUUGGUGCAUGAAAAUCAUCGAGAAAGAUACAGUAGACGUCAAGUGCUGGCGGAGCUCUGUGUCUUCUCUGGGUAGCCAUGGCUAAAAAAAGGAUUUGGCACUGAACACAGGUAUUUGAUCUCUAAGCCAAAUAAGUUGCGGUCACAGUAUUUAACCUCAAAGUGAUUAAUAAUUCAAACUGAAUGACUGACAUUGAGCAAGUGUUAAACCUAGAAGUUACACUGCACUAUUUAGUCAACAAACAUAAAGGGUCAAUGCACAGUAUACAGCAUGUAGCAUUUCUCUUAUUGCGGGCACAGUGUCAACCACCAUGUCACAGGUUCCUGGGUAAAGACCCGGUCAUGCCGGAAUUUGAAAGGCCGAAAUAUCAGGCUCAAAUCUGGGUUUUAUAAUGCAAUCCGCAUCACCAGUGAUUUGCCAACGUGGUGAAAGAAAACAUUUGAAAAAUGUUCACAUCAAGUCAAGUUUGUGAACUAAGGCACAUUAAUUUGCUGGAGGGUAGAGCUGCUAAAACCACAUGAUUUAGGAAAGCAUGUGGUUUCCACCAUACCACUUUUUGGUGUGGCUGGGUCUUAAUUCUAUCUCGCGCAAUAUUUCUUUAUUCUAAUCCCUAUUUACUUCAACAAACUAUAGGUAUUAACUCAACAGGGUACGCACUGACCUCUGGAGGAUAAUACUAAAACUGUUCACAUCCUGGGCCUGAAGCGGAACACUUUGACUUAGAUCCGUCCUGGUCAAGUGCUUGUAGGACAAACUACUGGUGAUGUUUAAGGACUGCAGCCCGGUUUGGUUUUGUUUGUUGAUUUAAAAAAGUUACAAAAAAAACAAUACCUUAAGCAACCUUAACUUUAUCUUAAAAUGUAGCUCACAUCCAACCCUUCGCAUGGCAUAGAGUCUGGGGGCACUGAAGUCUUAAUCUUCUCUAUAGGUGUGUUCCUGUCACAGCACAUGCAACCCUGUUAUCCUGCGCUAUAACUCUUAGGUUUCCACUUAUCGCAAAGCUCCCAUGUAUCCUCAGUCCUAGUCAUACAGCUAUAGACCGCAGCAGUUAUGCUCGGCUAUAUUUAGCUUUUUAACUUCACAUGUGGCUAUUAGAGACAGACAGACAGACGCCUUCAUUCUCUUGCGCAUGUGGUACUUCCUGUUCACGUUUUUCAACCCGGUUUAAGUUUUCCUACUGGCUGAUGCGUCUUAGAAUCCUCUCUGUGAAACUUGCUAACUUUCCAGAUACACAUAAGCACAGAUAUGUAUACACUGGAAGCACACACACACACACACACACACACACACACACACACACACACACACACACACACACACACACACACACACAAACACAAACACAAAGAAAUCAUCAUACAAACAAUAUAAUACACACAGAUGAACACCCUGAAAUAAAAACGGUUUGCUGUUCAUAUAAGCAUUUUUCUGUUUAUGAUACCAACUCUUAUUAUAUUAUAGUAUUUUGGUGGUCUAUGCUGAUAUUGUUAAAACAAUGAUAAGCUGUGUCGGUUUGUUGUUCCUAUCUUAGUCAUUGUCGGACAUUUUCAUUAUAGGCUCACCUCAACCUGUCCCCUUUUCGUGUAUUUCCUGUCAUUCACUCCAACUCUCGGACAGCAGUACAGUGAUAUUAGUCAGGAACAUUCCCUGUUGCGUGCACAUAGACAGAGAUCGACCACAGAAGUUGACAGGCAGUUAAAGGAGUUAGCGUUGAGUAAGAUAUGUCAACUAAAGGGAAUAAUGUUACAUCCAUGGCAAUUCUGAAGUUGCUGGUGUUUUUUUGCAACUCUUGAUUGAUUAUCUAGUAAAUUAAGCAUACUAAGAGCUACUUAUGAUCAUGUUUUUAGUUACCACUUUAGCAUGUAUGUUUCUCAACAUCUGUAGUGUAAAUAGAAGGAAGUAAAUAGCUUUUUAAAUGCAUUUUUUUUUCUUUUUUGUUAAACUUCGAGUUGUUCUUUGUCAUGUAUAGGAUACCACUGGAUAUACAAAUUCUUAAAGGGUAAUAAAAAGGUGAUAAUAUUAUUAGAAAUUAUCUUACUUUGCUCUUAAAUGCCAUGAAUGCACCAGUAUUUCAGUCAGACCCAAGAACAUCCUGCAAAUACUGUAGAUGGGGCCAUCCAGUGGUGACAAAUUGAACUGAUCUGUUCUUGUGAAAUAGAUCCACAUAUUUAUUAGUGUUUUCAUGAAAAAAUGUGGUUAUGCACUAAAGAAAAUUUUAGUUAUGUAUUAUGUUAUAACCUUAAUUCAGUGCAAUGCAUUUUUGAUUCUAUGAAAACAACACUGUGGUGUGACUUUGAUUUACAGAACAAAAGCGUUGUUGUGUGUCACACAAAAAAAAAGAAUAGUAGAAGCAGCUAUCUAAAUGUUGAAAGCCUUGUCUACUCCCUGUAAUUCUAUGCAUUGUGCAUUAAAGGCUGCGAUGGUCUCCGCUAAAACUAGGAAGGAUUAGUGACGUGUUUGUUUGUUGCCGUAGUUGUCAGAUGUGUGAAGUGUUACUACUGCAUCCAUCCUGUAGAGAGCGCUGCUUGGCCUCUAGAACACUGAUAGUCUGGCGCUGAGACUUAACAAAGGCUGACUGAGAAACCUUACAUCACCGCUAGUGAAGCUUCGGUCAAGCUACAUGCUGUUCGCAUUAAAGAUAAUUUUGAUGGUCACACUAUAUGUUAUUGUAUCUGGAACAAUAAAAACUAUCGGAAUUAUAUUAAUUAUGUACAGCUCCUCUUCCAACUCAAAAGUCUUGUGUACACUUUGAACACAGUCUUGUUAUCAUGAUGCACUGAAGUGAAGUUGCUUUACUGUAUAUUGGUAAAACAUUGUCAGCUGUGUACUGUACAUGUGUGCUUUUGGCAGCAAAACAGUCUUGCUAGUUAGAUAAAGUUACGAUAAUCAGAGAACAAGUGAUCAAAUAGUCGUCAAUAAAACUAAAAAGCACCGUUGAAGCAUAGUUAAUAUUGUACUGUUCCCUCCAAAUCAUUCCCAUGAGUUGCCUAAAAGUAAAACAUGACAUAUGUGCGGAUCAUAUGUGAACACGAUAAUGUGAAUCUUUCUUCGGGAAUAGGAGAGCAAAGGAAUGAAAGCACUUUGAUAGUUGUAGAUAUUGGUUUGUGCAUAUAACAGAGGAACACGUCUUAGUCUUAAUGUGUGUUGGACGCUCAGUGUGAGAGCAUGAUACCGGGAUGAACUGAUGUGGUGUAUCUUGAAUGACACAUCGGGACCCCUUUCUCUUGGUCAGCUUAGUGGAUUUUAGUGGAACUUUGGUCAUCGGUGUUGUGCUAUUGGCUAUGAUAGUUUUACACUCUACUCUCCAGUCUGCCCUUAUGUUGUUUCUGUCAACAUUCACUGGUUAUUACUUUCUGACCAAGCUACAAAAGCACAUCUCCCAAGUGGGAAGGUUUCAGUUUAUAGACCAUACUGAGCUUUGAGGAGCUUAAUUUGAUGUAUUUUGACUACUAUCAGAGCUACCUCUGGCAAAACAUUUAAUGAUAAUGGAGUUUUGAAUAAUUGUAGUUGUAUCCUAAACAAGAAAAAAUGAGAACUUGCAGCGUUGAAUUAUUUUCCAAGAGAAGUAUUCAAACUAUCUUAAGACCUAGGAAAUACAAGGUUUGUUCAAUGGCAAACAUUCAGAAAAUAAAUGCUUGCUUGUUCUGUUUGCACACGAUUGACAUUAGCCAGUAAGCUACUAACGCUAGUAGAUAAUUACAAAGAUGUAAUUCUGUUUUGCAAUUUAUUAAUCUAUGGGCGAAAAAGUCAAAUAAGAAUCCAGUUAUGUUGAGGGACACAUUUUGUAAAUUUUAGUAAUUUUGUGGUAGUAAAGAAAGUUCAUCAUGUAGUUACAAAAAAAAACAGUUUGGUUACAAGAAAGAAAUUUGGACACUUCCAUAUAUCAAUUCCUCAAAAAGUAGAAUUCUGAUAUGGUGUUGUACUUUUUCCAUGGAAGGGCAUUUGGGCCUUUAUAGACACAAAAAACAGAGCUGACAGAAAAUGAAAUAAUGAUGACAUGUAACAAAAGUCCCUGGGCUUCAUCUUAAAGCGCUAACCAGGGCGACACAUAGAGAACAGUAAAUCUUCAGAUGUUGUGUAAGAACAUUUAUUUUAUUACUUUACAUUAGAAUCAGGUCGAUUUCGAACAGUAUAAGCUUAAAGCAAGUCUGUCAUUUGGUAUCAGUGUAUUUGUUGGCUGAUUAGUAGUGACACAUAGCUGUGUAUGAAGGAAAAUUAUGUAUUUGAGGUCGCUUGGAAGCAGUGACGGCAUUGCAGAGUUUAUUUGCCAGAAAUGUAUAUUUAAACUCUAAUACGUUCUGCUCAGAGCAAAUCUUCCUCACAACAAAAUUGUGAAAAAAAAGUGUGGCUCCAGUCUUAUUACAUUUGUGAACCUUAUUAAUUCAAAUUAAGGUUGAAUAUUAUCAUAGAACAUAUGAUUAGUUUGAGAACCAGUAAAGUAAUCAGUAUUGUUAUUCGUGGAAUACAGUUGACAUUUUUUAAGCUUGGACAAAAUGUAAUAACCAGAUUCACUCUGAUGUCCGAUGACAACAGUUUGAUUCCUCAGUAUAGCGCUUGAACACCACCUUUCCACUAGUAUCUCACACUGUCCCUUGUAUAUAGUUACCACCAUGUUUUUAUCACUCCAGAAGUAACUCAAAAAAACGUUAAAAAAAAAAAAAAAAAGUAAAAAUAAUCGUACUGCUUCUUAACAGGGUGUUGUGGAUGUUGACAGAUGAGCUCUCGCGUUCAUAAACCUGUUAAGGUUAAUAAUGUUAUUAUUAUAAGAUCGAAAGCAUAAGAAAGGAAAAGUGUACUUUUUCUUUUUUCAGUGUCUGCCUUUUUUUUCCGCCAAGAAAAGGGCUGCUGAAGUUUCAAGAAUGUUUUUAAAAUGUAUUAAAGAUGCAAGAUUAUGAAUACAUGUAUAAGGUUUGUCUCUGUUCUGUUUUGGAAGAUAGAUCACAUUGGAAACACUAUUUACCAGAUUCAAAUGGUCGUGAAGGAAGGGAGGCAGUGUGUGUUGUGUUUGGGUAGAAUCUGAGAUAUGUAUACAUACAGAGAACCUAAAAUCACAGAUAACUAAAUCACAGAAUUGGUGAAUGAUCAUUCAUUAAAACAGAAACAGACAAUUUAAUAAUGGAUUGACAUGCACUACUGUAGUACUUGACACACACUGGUCAGCCCUUUCUCUCGCCUACCACCACCCCCCUCCCGUUAGACUAACCAGACUUGGUCUUUUGGCAUGUGGUAGAAUGUAAUGUUCUGUAUUAGACAGCUCCUAUUAAGACACCUCAACAUACCUACCAACACGGGACAGAGUUAAGGGAUGUCAAGGACCAAAUUUAGGACCAUUUUUUGACAAAUUUGCACAAUAAGUAAGGGAGAUGCCUGAUUGCCGGAGAUGUAACUGCGGAAAAGUUAUCAAGAGUAAAAGGGAGUGUUGGUAGAUAUGAACCUGGAGGCAUAGCUGUGUCUUCCACUUGCAGAGGCUUGUAGCGUCACAGCACUGAAAAGUAGCUUUUCUACUUGUGUCCUUUACCACAUAUACAGCAUGGUAACAGUUUGUUUUAUCAAGGAGAGCUCAACACUAAAACUUGACUAGCAAUAAAUAUUUGGAUUGAUUUAAUUUAUUAGACAGACUUUAAAUACAAACAUGUUUGUGUCUUACAUACUGUACUAAUUAGCUUCAUUUUUUAACAUACCAUUACAAAUUGAAAGGAAAACAACAGGCAAAAUAAUCUACUUUUCAGUGCUGAAUUAUUCUGUAGGGCACACCACCAUAUAGCAAGAGCAUGCAGAAGACAACAAACAAACUGCUGGUUGUUAGAGGAAUCUGUCCUAUUAGAUAGAGCUCAUCUCCCCUUUCAAUUCUGAAUAUUUGGUAUGAAAGAGAUGUUCAUUGUGAUUCAUUGUUAACCAGUGAUGUGAAUAUUAACCAUGAAAUAAAAAGAUGAGCAAAUGUCACGAAA